UGCCUGCUGCUGAGGAGAAGACAUUUAUACAGUGUGUGUACAUUACCAGAGGCAUGAAGAUCGCUUCAUUCAACGCAGAGAGGUUUAGAGAGACUAAAGUUUCAGACCCAGACGUCCUGUCAACUCUUGUUAAGAUUGUGUCUCAAUAUGACAUCAUAGUUGUUCUGGAGGUGGUGGGUGUGAGUGGGGCCUCCAUCAAGCUGUUUCUGACAGAACAGAUGACUGUAUGGUAUUUCAGGGUGAACACGUCCCACCACUAUGCCCUGCAGCUCAGCGCCCGUCUGGGAAGGACCAGAUACAAGGAGCAGUUUAUGUUUCUCUACAGGGAUGACAUGGUGGAUCUGAUUGACUCCUAUCAAUAUGAAGACAAUCAGGAGAACGACGUGGAUGCAUUUUUAAGGGAGCCUUACAUUCUCUACUUCAAACUUCACAACACGGUGCUGAAGGAUUUGGUGCUGAUCCAAGUUCGUGCCACACCGCAGGACUCAGAGAAAGAACUGGAUGAGCUGUAUGAUGUCUUCCUAAUGGCCAGAGACAAAUGGGAAACUGAUAAUGUAAUGAUCCUGGGAGACUUCAGAGCAGAUGGUGCCUCUGUCACCGACAAACAAAUGCAAAACAUUCGAAUACGCAGUGAUAGAAAUGUCCACUGGCUAAUUGGUGAUGAUGUGGAUACAACUUCAGCGACAACAAAUAAUCACACCUACGACAGGAUUGUUGUGUAUGGAGAUGACCUGCUGGCAACCAUCGUGCCAAACUCUGCCAAGGCCUUCAAUUUCCAGAAAGAGUUUAACCUGACAAAUAAAAUGGAGCUCAAAGUCAGCGAUCAUUAUCCGUCAGAUCUGGCAGAACUUCACUGUCUCUGGAGUUUGAAGGAUGAAGUGAUGAGCUUGCAGACAGAAAUCCUGCUGCUGCAGCGAGAAAAGUUUCAGCUUCAGAUCUCCUAUUUGAAAAAGAAACUUGCCUCAGUUGAAUGAAUGAAGUGACUAGUAGAUUUCAAAUACCACUGUUUUAUUUAUUAUGUAGUAUCCA